CAAAAUACAUGUAGCAAUUUUAUGAAAUAUUUCACGAAUUUAUAAGACGAGCUGAUAAUUCUAUACUGAUUAAAACUUUAUUUCAAUAUCUAAUCUUUAAAAUCUCGGAUCAUUACUCCAAGUUUAUCCCGAAUUGGACGUAGGAAAUUAAGAUGUCCCCGGAAUAUGCUGCACAUGCAUUUGUUUGCUUCGUUCAUGUUUCGUGCAUUCAUGGCAUUGAUGAAGGACAUCUUAUUUGUCUCCGGCAUUGCCUUAGCCUCAGACGUGAUGAUAAAAAACGGGAAAACGUAUUGGCUGGUUGAUGAAAAAGAGAGCAGUUGGCUUUGUAAAAUAUUCACUAGCUUUUGGCAGUAUUUCAUUCUCGCCAACUAUUUUUGGAUAUUAAUGGAAGGUCUCUAUUUGCAUAAUCUAGUCUUUCUAGCACUUUUCACCGAUGUGAACUCGAGCAUUGCUAUCUACAUUUGUCUUGGAUGGGGAUUGCCAGCUCUAUUUGUAUUAUGUUGGAUUGUAGCGAGAGUAAUACUUGAAAAUAAGUAUUGUUGGACCACUCAUGAAAAUUCCGAACUUUUUCUCUUGAUUCGAGUUCCAACUAUGCUCUCUAUUUUGAUCAACUUCGUGUUAUUUAUCAAUAUUGUUAGAGUGCUCUUGUUAAAGUUGAAAUCCACAGUAUCGGAAGAAACACAAAGAUACAAGAGGUGGGCAAAAAGUACUUUGGUUCUGGUACCAUUAUUUGGAGUUCAUUAUACUCUUUUUUUGGGCAUGUCUUACAGUAUUGGUGAAAAUGAAAUUGUUGAAAUUGUGUGGCUCUUUUGUGAUCAACUUUUCGCAUCUUUCCAGGUAUGAGAUUCAAUGUUUUCUUAAUUAUUU